AUGAAACCAUAUUUAGUUCGCUUCCUCUCAAUCUUCUUCUUGGUGUAUCCACUGUGUAAGCCGUCAAACUGCCAACAAUCAUACCAAGAGAACAGACAGCUCAAUUGCCAGCAGGACUCUUCUGAUAUAACAGAAGGGUAUCUCUGUUAUGGUUCUGCUGGUCCUCAAACUUUAUGCCAGUCAUAUGUAACCUUCCGAUCUCGACCACCUUAUGAUUCACCCAUUAGUAUUGCCUCUCUUUUAGGCUCUGAACCCUCCACUGUAGCUUUAGUCAACAAUAUCUCGUCCAGUGACAAGAUCCCCUCUGAAACCAUAGUUAUAGUUCCAACUUCUUGUUCGUGCUCUAAUGGUAUCUACCAGCACAACACUUCAUACAAAAUUUUGAUCAGUGGUGAGACAUAUUUCUCAGUAGCCUAUAACACUUACCAAGGCCUAUCAACUUGCCAGGCUCUCGCGGAUCAAAACAACAAUGAUGACAUAAAAAAUGCUGUGGGUUCAAAUUUGAUGGUUCCACUGAGAUGUGCUUGUCCAAGUGCAAACCAGAUAGCAACCGGUGUGAGCUUCUUGCUUUCGUAUAUUGUAACAUGGGGUGAUUCUGUUACAUCAAUUGCAGAUACUUUUGAGGUCAAUGAAAUAAGCAUCCUGGAAUCGAACAUGCUGUCGCUAAAUAGCAGUCUCUACCCUUUUACAUCUCUUUUGGUUCCACUGAAAACCGAGAACUGCUCCACAAAUCCAGCGAAAUUUUUCUGCUCUUGUGCCAACUGUUCCCUUACGGAUGAAAGCACAGAGAAUCACAUUCUCAAGCCUGGUGACAGAAAGUUUCCAGUCAAACUGGUUAUUAUUUUAGGUGUUAGUGGUUUGGGAAUUUUGGCUGCAUCUCUUUCAGGAUACAUGUUAUUCCGAGUUUCAAAUAAUAGGAGACACAAAAUGCGAAAGGAAAAAUUGUUUAAGCAAAAUGGUGGUUUCCUACUCCAACAACGAUUAUUAUUGCAGGGAAGUAGUGAAAAAGCUAAAAUAUUUAUAGCAAAGGAGCUCGAAAGUGCGACAGAGAAUUACAGUCAGAGUCGGUUUCUUGGCCAGGGAGGACUUGGUACUGUAUACAAAGGGAUGUUACCUGAUGGUAAGAUAGUUUCUGUCAAAAGAUCAAAAGCAAUUGAUAAAAAUCAGAUUGAGCAAUUCAUCAAUGAGAUUGUAAUUUUAUCUCAAAUCAACCAUAGACACAUUGUGAAGCUUCUAGGUUGCUGCUUCGAGACUGAGGUACCGGUCUUAGUAUAUGAAUUCAUUUCUAACGGUACACUUUCCGAUCAUAUCCGUGAUCAUGAGCAAGGCCAAGAAUCUUCACUUUCAUGGGACAAUCGAGUUAGAAUCGCUUGUGAAGUUGCAGGAGCAGUUGCUUAUAUGCAUUCUGCAGCCUCUAUUCCUAUCUUCCAUCGAGAUAUAAAAUCUUCCAAUAUACUCCUGGAUGAGAAGUAUAGUGCAAAAAUUUCUGAUUUUGGGACUUCAAGGUCUAUUCCAAAUUAUAUAACUCACUUAACGACAGCAGUCCAAGGAACGUUGGGGUAUUUAGAUCCAGAAUACUUUCAGUCAAGCCAAUUUACAGAGAAAAGUGAUGUGUAUAGUUUCGGAGUUGUGCUUGUAGAGCUCCUGACAGGUAAAACGCCGCUCUCCUAUGCUAGAGCAGAAGAGAAAAACCUAGUGACAUGCUUCAUCUCAUUAGCAAAGGAGAACCAACUGCUUGAGAUUUUGGAUACAAGAGUAGCUAAAGAAGCUAGGGAGGAAGAUAUUCAAUCUAUUGCAGAGCUUGUGAUGAGAUGUUUAAGAUUGAAUGGGAAAAAGAGGCCUACCAUGAAAGAGGUGGCUACGGAGCUUGAAGGGUUGAUAAGAUCUCGGAGUUGCUUAGAAACGUACAGAGAACCUCAUCAAGUGAGAGAUGAGACGUUAUAUAUGGAAACUUCAGAAGAAACAGGGCAAGGAUCAACAGAAGAAGGCUUAGAAUUUUCCUUACAAAUGGAAUCCAAAUCGUUUUAG